CCCAUGUGGUGCGGGCGGGGCGGAGGAUGGCGCCGCGGGCGGGCGCCGGGCUGGGGGGGGCCUUGCUGGGGUUCGCCCUCUUCGGGGGGGUCCUGCUGGGCACCUCCCGCUCCCAUCUGGACCCGGACCCAGACCGAGACCGGAACGGGGCCGAGCCUUGCCGAGCCUGCCGCGGCCUCGCCGACAGCUUCAGCAGGGGUCUGGAACGAACAGAGCAUGAGGGCUUUGGCGGGGGCAACACAGCCUGGGAAGAGGAGAAGCUGGCCAAGUACCAGCACAGUGAGACUCGUCUACUGGAAGUGUUGGAGAGUGUCUGCAACCCCUCAGACUUCACCUGCCACCAGCUGCUAGAGCGGAGUGAGGAACAUGUGGAGCAGUGGUGGUUCCAUGAGCGGCACCAACAACCUGACUUCUUCCAAUGGCUGUGCAUGGACAGGCUGGCACUCUGCUGCCCACCUGGCACCUAUGGUCCUGACUGCCAGCCCUGUGCUGGUGGACCCCAGCAGCCCUGCAGUGGCAAUGGGCGAUGUGAUGGUGAUGGCACGCGUCGUGGCACCGGCUUGUGCGUGUGCAGCCCAGGCUAUGGCGGCCCUUUCUGUGCUGAGUGCGGUGAUGGCUACUACGAGGCCUCACGGAACAAGAGCCACCUGGUAUGUGCUGAGUGCUACCGGGCAUGUGGGCGCUGCACAGGGCCAGAGGACUCCAGUUGUCUUCGCUGCAAGAGGGGCUGGGUGCUGCACGACCACCGCUGCAUCGACAUAGACGAGUGUGGCACGGAGAUGGCACACUGCCGAGCUAACCAGUUCUGUGUCAACACGGAGGGCUCCUAUGAGUGCCGAGACUGCUCCACGGCUUGCAUUGGCUGCAUGGGUGCUGGGCCAGCUCGCUGCAAGAAGUGCAACAAGGGCUACUGGCGAGACGGAGCCAAGUGCCUAGAUGUGGAUGAGUGCGUGAGCACCGAGGAGCCGGUGUGCACCGGCGCACAGGAGGUGUGUGAGAACACAGAGGGCAGCUACCGCUGUGUCUGUGCCCGUGGCCACGUCCGGCGGGAUGGACAAUGCGUGGAGGACAAGCCCCCUGACGCCCCCGAGAAAGGCUUCUUUGAUGACGUGACAGAGGACGAGGUGGUGGUGCUGCAGCAGAUGUUCUUCGGUGUGAUGAUCUGUGCCCUUGCUACACUGGCGGCCAAGGGCGACAUGGUCUUCACUGCCAUCUUCAUCGGUGCCGUGGCUGCCAUGGCUGGCUACUGGCUCUCUGACCGCAGCGACCGCGUCCUUGAUGGCUUCAUGAAGGGCAGAUAGCUCCGGGGCUGUCAGAUGCAGGCAAGGGAGGGCAGACUCAGCCUGGGGUACAGGGUACUCCUCCCAGCAGAGGGUGUGCCAAGGCCAGAUCCUGCACAUGGUGCUGUGCCCUGCAUGCAUCUCCCAGCCCUCCAUUAGCGUAGGGUCUUGUCCCCUCCCAACAGAAUGAGCUGGGGAUUUCUGAUCCCCAGGGGCUCCCUCACAGUCACCUCUGGACAAAGAGGCGGUGCCAGGCAGUGUGGCACCAUGAGGGGGGCACAGCAUGCUGCCCCUGGCCCCUCAUGCUCUGGCACCGUGGCAGGUGGGAGAAUGUGGGGGCAGGCUGCGGGGUGCUCUGGCGCUGCUGUGUGCUGCAGCAGUGAUGGUUGGCAGAGCUUGGCCCUGCAGCCUGCCUGGUGUCACCAAGGCUGGAGGCUGCCAGCCCUGCAAGAUCUUGUGUUGUGGUUCCCCACAUGAGACCGUUGCCCUGAAGCAA